UGGUAUAGUGGAGUGGGUGACGAUGGGAGAACUAAGUGAUGGUUACAAAGCUGUCGUACCACCGGGCCCAACAUGCUGUCAUGAUGCGUGGUCGUCCAGUAGCGCAAACCACUUACAAGUAGCAGCCAAGUCGCCAUGGCAGACGCCGAGGCCGAGAACAAAGUAAAAAGUGCCAUUGAAGUCUGCGCCACAGCACAAGCGAUGAUUGAUAUUAAUUCCGAGCAUCUCGAAGGUCUUCGAACACGGUGUGAGACCAGCGCUGAAUUAACGCAGCACGAAAUACGAGCUCUCGAAACAAAACUCAUCAAGCUGUUCAGCCGCCAAGUACUUGCAAAACGAAAGUGCAGCGAAUGUGAAAAUGCAUCAGAACUUAAGAAUUACCCAAAACUGCUCCUGUGGCUCAAGGUUGUUGGGCUUACACCCAACUCAAUACAGGGAUUGUCUAACAAGUUCACAACAUUCGAUGAUAUGCUUGAGAAGCCUGAGCAAGAGAUCAAAGGCUACCUCAGUGACGUCAGUGCUCGUGAAGAAGAGAAGCGGCGUUUUCUCAUUGCCAUGCGCAACCUCAAGACCUACACCGAGAGGCAACUGCGAGGCGUGGCACCCAGUGCCGACACCGACCUGCACUGGGACUCGUGGGAUCGGGCCGGCGUGUCUCAUCUCCCUCGACGCACCCACACGUCAGUGCCCUCUGAAGAACUGUGCUCCUCUUUCGGCGGCACGCACUUGUCUCCCUCGGGAGGUGCCCUGAAGCCUCCGACGACACCUCCUGCAUCUCGGAGGAGAGCAGGCGCCGGCGGGAGUCCCAGCGGAAGCCUCGCAGCCUUGCCUGAUGCCCUACCCCCCUUGACCAAAAGCCGCUCUCACGAGGCACACCUAGAGAACAGAAUUGACCUGGGAUCUGACCACAACAGUGUGGCAUCACGGCAACCACCCACUUUGCCGAAUGAUGGUGGGUUGCGGAGGCGGCUAGCCACGGAGCCCGGGCUAGAGCUGGCCAACUGCUCACCACUUUCGCCAAGCCGAUCGCCACCGUUUGUAUCCCCCGACCAACAGGGAGAUGCAUGCUUCGUGGAUGAGCCUGCCACGCAGCCCGUUGUACCCAGGUCUCCACGGAUGCAUGGAAUGGCCCAUGCGAUUCACCACAGGUUCACAUCUAGCGUCAAAGUCACCACCUGCCAGCAAUGUGACAAGGCCAUGUUUUUUGGCUACAAAUGCAAAGAGUGCAAGUUCCGAUGCCAUCGUGACUGUAUGGAGAAAGUGCCUCCCUCGUGCGGAUUGCCAAACGAACUGGUGGAUGUCUUUGCAGAGCACAUUCAGAAAGGAGGCAUGCAGUCCCCAAAUCAUGCGGCGGCCCACCUGGGCAGCAGUCCCCUCCACGGGGGCAGCAGUUUGCGCUCCGAGGGGAGUCGCGGGGGGCGCCCCGCCAUCUGCCUUCCUCCUUUCCAUGGUGCUGGGGGUCCCGACUCGUCUUCCUCGUCGUGCAACUCAUCGACUCCCUCGUCGCCGGCCUUCCUCAUGGCGGCCUCAAGGCAGAACACGCCUUCCUCAGCCUCCCGCCUGCAGCAGUUCCAUUUUCCUGAGAUCUUGUCUUCUGAAAAGGAAUUAUCAGCUCCAGCGUCAUCACUUGCCCAGUCUGAUGUGGUUGAGACAGUCAAGUCCACUGACAGUGACAGAACGGUGUCUGGUACAUCAGGAUCUGGAAGCAUAAGCACGGAUUCCGAGAAGACGCUAGCCUCAACGAGAGUGGACUCGCAAGACAGUCAAGUCUCGGAUUUGGAUCCGACUGACAGGCUGUGGCCACGACAAAAUAGUCUUUCUUUGCGGGAGUGGGACAUUCCUUUUGACGACGUCCAAAUCAAGGAGAAGAUCGGAGAAGGCCGAUUCGGGAGCGUCUACAAGGGAAGUUGGCACGGAAGUGUUGCUGUGAAAAUGCUCAAUAUGGAUCACAUAGAUGACAGGAAAACUCUGGAAACAUUUAAGCAAGAGGUCGCAACCUUCCGCAAGACGAGACACGAAAACUUAGUCCUCUUUAUGGGUGCCUGCAUGAAGCCACCAAAGCUUGCUAUCAUCACGAGUUUAUGUAAAGGCAUGACACUGUACAGACAUAUUCAUCUCCGAAAGGAUAAAUUCAACCUCAACAGGAUUAGCGGCAUAGCCCUGCAGAUUUGCCAGGGGAUGGGCUACUUGCAUGCCCGCGGCAUAGUGCACAAGGACCUCAAGACGAAAAACAUCUUCUACGAAAAUGGGAAAGUAGUAAUCACCGACUUUGGCCUCUUCUCAGUCACCAAGCUCUGCCAAGGAAAUCGGAAGGGAGACUGGCUGACAAUUCCCCAGGGGUGGCUUUGCUACCUGGCUCCAGAAGUGGUGCGUUGCCUACGGGCAGACAACCAGAACGACGCUGACGACCUCCCUUUUGCGACCGCCUCGGACAUUUAUGCCUUUGGGACGGUGUGGUAUGAGCUGUUGUGCGGGGAAUGGCCAUUCCGAGGUCAGCCCUCUGAAUCCAUCAUCUGGCAGGUGGCCAAAGGCAUUAAGCAGUCGCUGGCCAAUAUUCAAGCAUCACAGGACAUCAAGGACUUUCUGAUGGUGUGCUGGUCGUACAAGCCCCAGGAUCGGCCGGCUUUUGCGAAGCUGCAGGUGCAGUUGCAGAGGCUGCCCAAAAAACGCCUUGCCCGAAGCCCGUCGCACCCUACGCACUUGUCCCGAUCAGCCGAGUCCGCGUUUUGAAAGCCGGCUGUGACUAGCAACUCUUCCUCGUUCACUGCUCCCGGAUACUGCGCUCCACCUCCUCUGCAUCUUGAUAUUUUUGUCUUCUUUUAAAAUCGGUUUACUCUCGUUUAUCUGAGCUGCCCAAAAGAAGCAGCUGCCGUUUAAGUACACUGGAAUGAAGAUAGUUUUUUUUAUUUUUGUUAAUAUCUUCAGCUCGGAUAUCGGUGAAGUUUGUUGUGUUUUUCAAUCCAAUGCUUUAUUUAUCUUUCAUUGAACAAUGCAUGACAGAAGAAGUCACAAAAGCAACUGAAGGGAGUCACUUGACUAGGUGGCUUAAUAUAGAUGUUAGUCUACCAGCUGUGUGGAGCAGAUUUUCUAGUUAUGGUAUAAGUUUGAACGGUUUGUGUUCGGGUGCCACAAAGCCCUCUGGCGAUGCAGGCCACAUUUAGCAUUGUCGAAAUGGAGCACUUCGAACAGAUCCUGCCAGUUCUUUUGGAGCACGGCGCACUGGCUUGGAGCGCCCCCGUGGCACUCAAAUCUUCGACCUCAGAGCGUGACAGAUCUGAAUUUCCGGUCGCAUGGCUCCUGCAUCUUACUUUGUUACCAUGACGAGACGUCUGCUUUCGCAGUGUGCACGACGGUUUCUCGAUGCUUGCACAUUUAGUUUUCGCUACGGAAGACGUGCCAAUGCGUUUUCAUACUUAGUAGGAGUUGUUUGAAAACUUUGAGUAAUGAAUUCAGUAGCGUUCUCCACAUGAAUUCUAUUCGAUUCCCUGGUUGAAUUGAAUGGUGCAUAUGACAAAUUCCGAAUGUUUUUCGAAUAUUUUAUAUCAAUAAGCACUGAUGAAAACAACCUCUCACGGGAACGAAACGUAACAUAGAAGGGUGAAGCUUCGUGUUGUUAUUAUCAAAUGACCAAGUUGCGUAUAGUCCAAGGCUUUACUGGACUAUCGACGCCAUAUAGAAUAUUGGAUCAAGGCAUUUUAAAGUGUAAAACACUAGUGUCGCCGAAUCCACAAAGCAAUUAGUCUAUUAUUUUCACCGAGUAUGUUUCCUCAUGAAUACUAUUUAAUAUUUAUAUAUCAGUUUGUUUAAAAGCUGUUGAUGAAGUGCCACAAUAAAUACUGUUGUGUAUUGCAUCCUGCAGUCACAAACUAGGUAUUUCUAGGGCUUUAGAUGCUGCUGUAUACAAGUCUGCCUCAGUGAAUGACUCAGUUGGCAGAAUUGGGAUAUAUUUUUUCAUUUUUUUAUCACUUUCAAUUGAUUGUAGUCUUGUUUUGUUAAAGUGAGAGAAUAGGUAUGUGUUUCAAAUAAAGUAAUGUGGGUUUGGCUGCUUCAAAAA